AUGGGAAACCUCCUCCGUCUGUUGCAGGCUCUUCUUGUGCUGGUGCCGCCGCUGCUGUUGCUGCUCUCCGAGGGCGCGGUUAGGGCAGACGAUGCCGCCGCUCCCAUGGAGGAGGGGGAGCGACGAGCUCUCUACUCUGCGAUCCAAGGUUUCGUCGGCAGGAACUGGAAUGGCUCCGAGCUCUUCCCGGACCCCUGCGGAUGGACUCCCAUUCAGGUUCCCGAAGCUCUCCAUCUCCGCUCUCCGCUCAGAUCUUCGCCUUCGAAGGCUGUUUCAAAAACCUCCGAUCCCCGAUCUUCGUUUCAGUUUUUCCGACGCGCGUUUAAAUAAUUACCGCUCUGCAGACCUGCGAUCCGGUAAAUUUCUGAAAUAAUUUGUGAUUUUCUAGAAUAAUCUCCUGAAGAAAAAAGUUCUCACGAGUUGCUUGUCUUCAAAUCGCUCUCAGUUUCCUGCCGCGGAUUGUGUUCUAUGUUGGAGCUUCUAUUAUUUCCGAGAUUCCUCCUCUUCUAGAAGUCAACCUCAGUGGAUACGCUCUUUGAAUAUUAGAACCUUCCCACGAGUCAACGUUAUGAACAGUGAGGAUUCGCGACGAAUUCGACAGAAUUCCUUUUCGCUUCCAUCUCAUGUUUCUCUGGAACCGGUUCAACUUCCAAAGGCAGAGAGAUCUGAGUCUUCUUCUUCCUCGCCAGGGAGUCUCCUGCGACCUCUUCGAUGGCCGGUGGUACGUGACGACGAUGAGCAUCGGGCCGAUCUUGGAGAACUCCCUGCAAUGCGCCGCCGAUGCAGAUUUCUCGCCGCCAUUGUUCGACCUCAAGUACCUCAAGAGCCUCACCUUCUUCAAGUGCUUCUCCCGCCGCAGCGCCGCCAUCGUCGUCCCCUCCACGAACUGGGAGAACCUCGCCGGCACCCUGGAAACCCUGGAGUUCCGCUCCAACCCGGGGCUCUCUGGAGAUCUUCCUUCCAAUCUCUGCAGCCUCCGCCGCCUUCGGUUGCUGGUCCUGGUGGAGAACGGGCUCUCCGGCGAGCUCCCGGAGGAGCUCGCUGGCCUCAACAAGUUGCAGCGGCUGGUCAUCUCCGGCAACCACUUCUCCGGCGAGAUCCCACCUUCCAUCGGCUCCGCCAUGCCUGACCUCCUGAUUCUCGACCUCAGCAGGAACGCUCUGGUUGGUCCUCUCCCGUCGUCGAUGAGCGGGCUCGGCGCUCUCCUAAAGCUUGACCUGAGCUAUAAUCUCCUCUCCGGGAAGAUCCCGCCGGAGCUGGGGAAGAUGAAGAGCCUGACUUUGCUGGACCUGAGGAAGAACGGAUUCUCCGGCGGGCUGCCAUCUUCCCUCCACACCAUGACCUCGCUCCAGGAGAUGUUCCUCUCCGACAACCCUCUGGGCGGGAAGAUGGCGGAUUUCCCAUGGGAGACGAUGAAGAAGCUCGCCACUCUGGACCUCUCCGGCACAGGUCUGAGGGGGAGCGUCCCGGAAACGAUGGCGGAGCUCCCGGAGCUCAGAUUUCUGCAUCUUAACGGCAACAACUUGACCGGGCCGGUGAGACUCCCCGGAGAGUUCUUACAGAGGAUGGGGAGAGGCUUCUCCGCCUGGGGAAACCCUAAUCUCUGCUACUCUGCGGCGACGUUUCCUAAGCCCAGCCACGCUCCAACAGGCCUGAAGCAGUGCAAGGAGGAGGAGGUUGCCGCCGCCGCCGCCAAACCUGCCGUAAAAAGCAAUUCCAGCGGCGGAGACGGAGAUCGAUACUCGAGCGAGGCUGCUGGGUCCGCCGCCAUCAGCCUACUUCUGUGGGGGAUGACGAUCCUGCUCAACCAGGCGGUCAUCUUCUCCCUCCCGGGUCUGCCGUCCUAG